AUGGUGAGGCCUCCGUGUUGCGAUAAAUUGGAUGUGAGAAGGGGGCAUUGGACCGAGGAGGAGGAUGCGAAGAUACUUGCAUAUGUAUCGAAGCAUGGAACGGGGAAUUGGACAGAUGUGCCAAAGAAAGCAGGGCUUAGGAGGUGCGGAAAGAGUUGCAGAUUAAGGUGGACUAACUACCUAAGGCCUGAUCUCAGGCAGGAGACCUUCACACCCCAAGAAGAGGAAUUGAUUAUCAGGCUUCAUGCUGCCAUUGGCAGCAGGUGGUCUAUAAUAGCCCAACAACUUGCAGGAAGAACAGACAAUGAUGUGAAGAACUACUGGAACACAAAACUAAGAAAAAAGCUAUCUGAAAUGGGAAUUGAUCCAGUGACUCACAAACCCUUCUCCCAAAUCCUUGCUGACUAUGGAAACAUUGAUGGCCUCCCAAAAUUCGGAAACCGAAUCGGAUCCCUCAACCGGGACAUAAAAAACGCAUUCAUCUCCAAAUCGGUCCAGUCUCCGAUCCCACAACACGUAUUCUCAAAUUUCAACAUGCAUUUCACAACACUCGAUCAUCCAAUCCAAAACACCGCUGGCAAUUACGCAAAUAACAGUUCGCUAGACCUUCUGGCUCAGCUCCAAUCCAUUACGCUCGUUACUGAAGCCUCAUCAAACUAUACCAACAGCCAAACAACCAACACGCCACAUGUUGAUUGCUCCUCUUCAUCAGCAGUAAGUCAGUUUAACGCGUCUUUGAGUUUCAGCUGGCGCGAUUUUCUUAUUGAAGAUCCAUUUAUACCGGGUGAUGUACAACAAGAAGAAGAGAUUAAGCAAGAAGAAAAACAAGAUUUUAGUGCGGUUGAAGAAAUGGGUCAUGAAUUUGAGGUGAUGAAUAGCUUUGAGAGUUCAUCGUGUUCUGACAGAUCGUUUGUUGAAGCCAUGAUGGAUCAACAAAGCGAUAUGCUAUUGGAGUUUCCUGGACUUAUGGAAGAAUAAUUGUUCUAUUGAGUUGUCAAGAAUCAUUGGGGUUCAAGAACUUGUCAAGAAUCAUUGUUCUACUGAAUUUGGCAAAGAUUUAACUAGCAAUUUUUGUCAGUUUGUUAUUGCUUUGUUCCUUAAUUAACAGUAUAUAAGAUGUAACUGAAUGAUUUCUAGUUACCUAAUAAAGGAGGUGGUUGUUUCAA